AUGCCGAAACGAGCAGCGAGUGCACAAAGCGACAACAGCGAAGGGCGACCAGAGCCAGUUCAGCCAAAGCUCCUCAGAGCCGUCGAAGCCAACGAUGUCCUCCGAGUCAAGACUGUGAUCGACGAAGUCCAUGGCAACAGACAAUGUAGCGAGGCCUUCCUCUCGAUUGGCCUCUUUCGCGCCUGCGACAAGAACUUUGUCGAUAUCGCUCGGUAUCUGCUGACGAGAGGAGCCGAUCCAAACUAUGUUUCCGGCAACAAGCCACCCAGUCUAUUGCGUGCGGCCGAGUACGGCCUUGUCGAGAUCGCAAAGGCUCUGACUGAUCACAACGUCGACCUGGAAUGUGGAGACAAGAAAGGCCGCACGGCCUUGAUGACUGCGGCAUGGAAGGGGCACCUCAACAUCGUGCAGCUGCUUGUCCAGCGAGGCGCAAAUAUCGACACUGUGGACCUCCGCAAACGCAAUGUCCUGCACAAUGUGGCUGCUGAUCGUGGUGACGAGCGAAGUUCUGAGAAUCGAGUUACCAGAGAGUCAGUGCACAAGCUGCUUUACGCUCGCGAUCCUCGAGAUCCUACAAAGCAUGCCAUCAGUACCAUGCCAAAGAACGUCAAAGCGACGAACUUCAGGUGGAUACAUCUACCUGUCAACAACAUUGCUUGGUGCGAGGCAUUACUCACGAAGCGGUUCAUCGAGGAGGGAGCAACCGAUAUCGAAGGGUACAAAGCUUUGGAGACGUCAUUCAAUCAUCAGCAUAGAGGCCAAAUGCACCACAGUCGUUUCAUGCGACCGAUGUGCCAGGUCAUACACCGCACAUCAGCAGAGCCAGAGGAGAAGACGCUGUCUGAGCAGUCUGGCCACCCUGCGAUCAUUGUCGAGGAACCGACUGCUCUGCCAGGAGUUCAUGGCACGCCGACAAAGGCAACAGAGAACGGCACGGCCAAAAAGCAUCGCAACAUGCGCAACAAGGACGCUCAGACAAUUGCUGGCGCUGAGCAGAAUGGCGAGAAUACUCAGCCGAAUGAGAUCGGUCAAGAGCAGACCUCAGCCGAUGUUGCCAUGGUAGAGCCAGCAAAAUCAGCGAAGCCAGCACGGAAGCCUGCCACCCCUACAAAGCGACAGGAUACCACGGCCAGCAUGACGCUAUCAGAAUCGUCUAUCACGUCGAAAGGCAGCAAGAAGCCUAAAUCUGCCGCAUCGAAGUCGCAGAAGAAGGACGGGCCACGUCCACACUCCAGAAACAGCAUCGACAAAGCGGCAUCAUCGCCGUCCAAGCGAGGAUUGCACGGCUCAUGCAACAUUUUCCUCUUCAUGCCAUAUCUCCAUUUCGAAACAGACAGUGGACGAAGAGCCAUGCAAUAUGCCAUGGAAGAUCCCGAGCGGCUACAAUAUCGAGUCCGAGCAGACGCAGAUGAGGUGCUCAUUCGUGCGCAUCUGACCAAAUCUAGCUCGUUUCUCCACGUCCGACGCACCCUUGACCAAUUCUUCUACCACAACAUCGACACGCAUACGAGAGACUGUGAUCAAGUAGUGUAUCGCUUCCAGAAGAAGCAUCGAGGUGAUGAGAACGUCGACCCAAAAGUCUUCAUGGUCGAUCAGCUCUGGAUGUGGGUUCUCGGUAAAGAUCUAGUGGUCACCAGCUUUCCACAACGCUGGCGACAGCCCAGGAAUGAUCCGCUGAAUGUGCUGGAGGGUAUCAUCGAGGACAUCAACAGCAAAACUCGCGAUCCCGUCCAGAAUGUUUACGAGCUCGCAAUGACAAUCUCUGGACGAUGCUUCGGCACAUUCGACAGACAUCGCAAGGGCGACACAGACUUUCAGUUCCUCGACAUGUUCGAGUCGUCCAUUGGCGCAGCUAUGGAUGGCGAAGCGAGCCUCUUCCAAGAUUUCUCCCAAGCUUCCCGACAGGCAUCCGAGUGGCUGCAAAGCCAUCAAAAGCUAGAGUCUCGUGCUCGACAACCUCAAUUCUUCGACAAGUUGCUGGACGUCGGCGCAGAAACCGACUUGCUCGCCGAAAUCAAAGACAUCCGCGACGAGCUGGACAUCAUCCGCAUGGUGCUUGAUCAUCAAGACAAUCUGCUUCCCGACCUGCGAGGUGCGAUCAGGACCAUCUACCUGGACGAAAGAUCCCAUACUCAACUCCGUAAAGUGGAGAAAGGUUUUGAAGAGCAAGAGAAGACGAUCAGCAAUCCGAUCAAGGAUAUCAAGCGGAUGGAUAAUCAAGCGCAUCGCAUUUACGAGUCUAUCCGUGAUCUGCUCGACUUGAAGCAGAAGCACGCCAACGCUUUCGAGGCGAGGUAUGCGCGUGAGCAAGCGACGGGUACGCAGCGGCAGGGUAGGACGAUUAUGGUGUUCACGAUCGUGACGGUUAUCUUCCUCCCCCUCUCCUUCGUCGCGGCCUUCUUCGCCAUCAACGUCAAGGAAUUUCCACACCCCUCAGGCGACGCCAAUCCCGCAGUCAUGGACCUCUCUUACGUCUCCGCCUGGAUCUUCGGUAUCGGACUCGCGAUCUCGAUCCCUUGUAUCGCCGUCGCGCUAUCGGUGGACGAGAUCAACGUAUUCAUCGAUGCUUGCAAGCGAACUCUCCGCGAAUUGAAGGACGAGCGCAAACGGAAACGUAUGGGCAAGGUGCCCGGAGAAGAAGGGGAGUUGACCGUCUUCGAGAAGAGUGUCAGUGUAUCGAGGAGUAUGCGACGAAGCGUGGAGGUCAAUUGGAACGAGGGAAUGAGAGCCAGGAGUCGGCCCCCAAGGAGGAGUGCUGAUCCCGGCUGGGAUGGUGCCUACAAUCGACGGAGGACGGAUUGGGACAUUGAACGAGGAGGCAGGAGAGCGUCCGACGACUGACAAUUGAGCAUUGAGUGAAUACGGGACAUGACAUGGGGUCGGCAGACGCAUGAUCCGCUCGGCUGUGCUGGCCGCGCGCGUCUUGUAGUUGCUUGGUAUUGCUUGCAGGACGUGCUGGAGAGACAUGCCGCGUACCUCUUGAGCACGUUUCUCUGAUUGCGGUGACCGCAUUGAGCAAGUUGUCGUGUGGUUGAGCUUUGGAGUUUACGUUAGGGAGGCUGGCUGGGUUAGUACGGCCGUAGUGGUCUGAGCUCUAGGCAGCACUUUAGGGAUUUUUGAGCAGAUAUCCAUGUCUUUGCCGAUGAUGGACGA